AUGGCUAGUGGUCCCAAGAAGCUGAUGAUCCUUGGAGGGAUUUGUUCAAACGUCACUGCUCCUAUUGCUGAAGCUGUAAUCUGGUGGAAUCUGACUCAGUUGUCGUAUGCUAAUAUGGAACCAUUUUUAUCAGAACGUGAGAAGUACCCUACGUUUUUCCGCACCGUUCCUUCUGAAGCUGACUUCAACCCUGCCAAACUAAAGUUACUGGAAUAUUUCAACUGGACUCACGUAGCAACCAUACACCAAGACACGCCACGGUUUUCAGUUGCACAUAAUAAACUUUCAAAGGGUCUUGAAGACGUCAGAAAGCAUCUCAUCUUAGUUCAAAGUUUUUCGACAGACCCGGAAUCUGCUGUUCAAGCAAUCAAGGAUUCAGGUGCCAGGAUUAUUUUAGGCCUCUUUGACGAGCACAUGGCUAGGGAAGUAUUCUGCCAUACUGCUUAUGAAUAUGAGAGAUGUUACGUAGACUCGUGCAAUGGGAAUUUCAGUAAUCUACAUGGCUAUGCCUAUGACGGCGUCUGGGUGAUGGCUUUAGCAUUACAUCGGGUCAUAUCACGAAUAGGAGAGGAUGUUUUUCUUCAGGAAAAUUCGUCAUAUGAUGUUGGUGGCGAUGUCAUAUUUGAUUUAUUCAUGGAAGCUAUGAACGAGACGGAUUUUAUUGGUGUAACCGGUCCAGUGAGAUUUCAUGAUGGCGACAGGUUAGGAACCAUUGUUUAUGAGCAAUAUCAAGAUGGACGAGAGCAAAAAGUCGGCGAAUAUUACGCGCAUGACGAUUCAUUCAUUUUAAUGGAUAAUAUUCAAUGGAAAGGAGGCUCACCGCCCGCUGACCGACCAAUAGUUAACAUUUUCACAAAUGGCGUGUCUUUCAUCUUGUAUGUAAUUAUGGGUUCCUUCAGCUACCUGGGUAUCAUGACAGCAUUGAUGUUUUUAUUUUUCAACAUGAAGUUUAGAAAACACAGAUACAUCAAGAUGUCAAGUCCAUUUUUAAACAAUUUGAUUAUUAUUGGUGGUAUCAUAUGUUAUAGUUAUAUUUAUUUACUUGGGCUGGACGGGAUUAAUAUCAACGAUCGGACCUUUGAAAAUAUAUGCACGGUUCGCUCUUGGAUGCUCGCAGUGGGAUUUACAAUUGCAUUUGGAGCAAUGUUCAGCAAAACAUGGAGAGUCUACAGUAUAUUCACUAACAUCAAAAUGAAAAAAAAGGUUAUAAAAGACAAUACCCUAUAUGGCAUUGUUGGCAUGCUACUUCUCUUUGACGUGGUAAUACUAGUAGCAUGGGGUUUGAAAGAUCCUUUAAGAAGAACGGAAGAAGAAGGCCCGGAACAGCUUUUAGAGCUGAGACGAGAUCCUAAGGGAGAAGAAAGAAAAAUACGAUGUAAUGCGAGUAAAGGUAGCUUACGACUUCCACCCAGUGCGAGCUCUGCAGAUCUGUCACUAAGAAUGAAAUGCCUGAAAGCAGAAAACGUUAAGUUGACCAGGCAGCUGUCAGAGAAAGACAGACAAAUAAGUUGCCUUCUGGAAAAGCUUGGGAUGAAGCAUUCGUACCAUUCCGAAUCGUCUCAGAGUAAUUAUACCAGAGAUACUAGUACAACAUUUGUUCUCAGUGAUAUUGAAAAAGAGCAUUCCAUGAUAUUUAAGACUCCAGAAGAUGAAGAUAUUUCUCACAUAAGCGUCAAUUCAAAUGAAAAUAUUCCACAGUCGGUUCCAGAUUAUGAUUGCGUAUACAUCGGCGUCCCAGUGCAUGUGUGUUUACCAAUAACGUCAAAAUAUGAGGGCGAAGAUUCCAUUGAUAAAGUAGAUAAUAGUGUCGUGGACGAUGGAAGUGGAGCACAGUUAUUAGACCAAAAGGAAGAUUAUCAAAUGCUUGGGAUGAAGCAUUCGUACCAUUCCGAAUCGUCUCAGAGUAAUUAUACCAGAGAUACUAGUACAACAUUUGUUCUCAGUGAUAUUGAAAAAGAGCAUUCCAUGAUAUUUAAGACUCCAGAAGAUGAAGAUAUUUCUCACAUAAGCGUCAAUUCAAAUGAAAAUAUUCCACAGUCGGUUCCAGAUUAUGAUUGCGUAUACAUCGGCGUCCCAGUGCAUGUGUGUUUACCAAUAACGUCAAAAUAUGAGGGCGAAGAUUCCAUUGAUAAAGUAGAUAAUAGUGUCGUGGACGAUGGAAGUGGAGCACAGUUAUUAGACCAAAAGGAAGAUUAUCAAAUGGCCAAGGGGAAAAGUAUCACAGAUACGGAAGAGAUAAUCAGUACUAUAGGUAUCACAUAA